UCGACCUAGCUAGCUGGCUGAUGGACAGUAGUAGCUACUCCCCGUAGUACGUGAUACGCGUUUCGUCGUUACGGUUCAGCUCUAAGGAGUGAAGAAGUGAAGUGUAGGAGAGUUUGCGUUUGGAAAUCUGUAGGCAGGAAAAGUGUAUUUUCUCCAGUGAUUUUCUUAUCGUAGAUUUCGAUCAAAUCUUGAGCUUAUCGAGGCUGGACAGCUCGCGGAGUUGUCAGCUGAAGUGAGUGAUGUAGUGCACAGUUGACGUUCUCGGAGAUUUCUUUAAGGACAACUCGACUGGUUGUCCUAGGAAUUUGGUGUGUAUCGUUCAAUUAGAGGGAUAUUGAGCUCUUGAUGUGACCGAAGAGCUCUUCGAGCGGUAGGGAGCUAAAGUGUGAGGUGCUCGCUGUGGAAUCGCCCAGCUUCACGCAGGGGCUCGGAUCUCGCUGCAGACUGGAGAAAAUCAAUCGACGAACAGUGCACACCUGGGCAUACAUUGGGUGUCUGGAAGUGACAUUUUUGCUCGACAUUCGUAUGGUACGGGUUCUCCGAGAGCUACAUAUGUGUGUGCAGUGAGCUGUGUGUUGUAUGUAGUGAAGGUGCUCCCCUUGGAAAGUUGCAAACCGCGAGGUGAAAGAAGAAAACCAACAACAUAACACUAUUGUGACUGAUAAGUCAACUCUUCUAAAGGGAUCCCAAAUUUUCUAAGUGAGACCAGGCUCCAGCAUCGAUAACUAAUAGCCCGAUCCCGCCGAACAAGUGACCAGUUUUGACACCCCGUGAAUGGAGUUAUAUGUAUACAAAUAUUUAGACAUAAAAUAAGCACAAAUAUGCAAAAGUGAAGAGUAUUUUUUUUUCUCGUCGCUAUUCCGCUGACUGUGGCUCCGAUAUCUCUACAUAUACACACGCCUAGGUUGACUACGGUACGUCACACAACGAGAAGCAGCACAAGAAGUGGCAAAAAAGAAGUCCCACGGACAGACUGCGAGUGAGAGACCUUUUUCUCGUCGUGCUCUCGCUCCGUCCAUCGCAGCAACCUGGGUUUGUUUUGUGGUGUAUAUUCCUAUAGCAAGACGAGCAACUUGUGAGCUAAUCGUGUAUUGCACCUGGUACGUCGUGCGGGAUCAUUGGAAUCCCCGUGUGCUUUAAAGGGGUUGCAGAUUGCUAUGAAUCCCGGAAUCUGCCAAGUGACACCCUCAACCUAGUGCAGUGAGUGUUUUACUUCGAAGCAGCGAACAACAGCACCAGCAACGCGAAGCACGUCAACCCGCGAUUUCCCACCGCCGUAAACUUCCAUGGUGCUUCCCAACAUUCGAUGCUUUAUCCAUCCCCAGCUUGCAGAGCAAAAGAUCCAAUAACGCAUACACACCCCGUUUGCUCGGAAAACAUGCCGUUUUAAUACUUGGUGGUGUGUUGGUGUGUACGAGCUCGCCGCAGUCAGUGCAGUGGUGCAACAAUGAAAGGUGUCACCAAAAAAUGAGAAAAUAAAUUAAAAUUUUUAAUCGAUGUUUUUCUCGCUGUCCGUUAUUGGUGGUUGGUAAAAUAAAAUAAAUGCUACAAUAAUAAAAAAAGGUAGCAGAAGAACAGCCAUACGUAAAUGUAAAUGUUUGUUCAAGCGGGCUUUCUGUCUCCGGUUCGGAUGGCGAGGAUGUGAACCGGUGCGGGGAUCUGAAAUCAGUUUUCCAUGCCACGAGGGCAGACGAACCUGGAGUGAGACGAGUGGUGGAAAGGGGAAGUGUGUGCAAAAAGGUGUAUUGUGGAGAAGUAAAUGUAUCAUCAGAAAUAAAUUCCACUCGGGUUGUUUGUUCGGGAAAAAAUACGCGAAAAAAAGGAAAAUCGGAGCACGACAGCAGCUGAGUAAAACAGGCCCGGUUCCAUGCGCUGCUGAAGGAAGUGAAAAUAUUGUAACGACAUAAGUGUGACGCGUGUAUUUGGAGUGUUUUACAAGUGUAACAAAAUUAAAUUGAGGAAAAGUCCUGCGGGAAGAAACGGUUGGUUGUCAAUUUGUUGUUCCCGAAAAGUGUGAGCAAUCGUUCGCAAGCAAUCAAAAUUGAUGUCAAUGUUAGCGUGUUCGCGUGCUGUUUAAUGUUUAAUCGGGUUCGGCAGACGAUCGCUCAGGCUCCACAGUUAGGCAAGCGGCCGCAUUAGGUGGUAGUUGUUCUUCUCGGUGUUUUGAUCUUUCGGUGAGUGCAAGGAGGCAGAAAAAUCUUCCAAAGUGGCCGCGUCGAAGGGAUCCCGAGGCGCUUCGUCAGAAGGUCGCCUGAACACCGCAACGACGACCACGACCGAAACCACGACCAGCUUGAGCAACUCCCGCCAGGGCUCCGUCGAUGGGGUAAUGCAACGAUGCGGUCUCUGUUCGAUCAUCUCCAGCUUGCUGCGGCGUGCCAUGUGCGUCGGGUCCCGGCGUGGUAGCGGCGAGUCCUACUACCAGGAACUGGCGGAAACUAAUGUAUGUCGGAUGAAACCAAGUUUAACCAACAUCGCCAUCCCAGACGUUGCCACAAUGGAAACCACGGACAGCUCCAGCUACAAACGACUGAUAUCAACAACAUCCAACACGAUACCAACGAUAGCGUUAACGACGUCGACGACGACGGCCACCGUGACGACAGUUCCAUACCAACCAACGGUACGUCGAAUGUCCGACCAGGAUCGACCGCUGUUCGAGGCUCUGAUAGCGGAUGACAACUCGGAGAAUCCCCAGCGGAGGCAUGCCUGCACCGGACGGUUCCUGACGAUGCAUAAACGGCGCAGAAAGAAGCUCCACACCCGAAGCCUCGCACUGGAUCCAGCCAUCUUGGAUGACAUCCUACACGGCCAGGUGCAAUGCAUGCUGGACCGGGUCGGACAUUGGCGCUUUAAUGCUUUCACCCUGGAAACGGUCACUGGUGGACGUUCACUGCCUGUCUUAUGUGUUCAUUUGUUCCAUUGGUACGGCCUCUUGGACCACUUCAACCUAGACGUAGUUAGAGUAUGGAAAUUGUUUAGUUUAAUCGAGGAAGGUUAUCAUAGUACGAACCCGUAUCACAAUUCAAUUCACGCGACUGACGUAACACAAGCAAUGCACUGUUUUUUGCAAGAGAAACGCAUCCUGGAGAAUCUGAGCCCACUGGAGAUCAUGGCAUCGUUGAUCGGUGCCGUUACGCACGACCUGGACCACCCGGGCGUGAAUCAGCCGUUCUUGAUUGCGACGUCCAACCACCUGGCGGCGCUCUACGAGAACACCUCGGUGCUAGAAAACCAUCACUGGCGUUCGGCCGUCGGGUGUCUGCUAGAAAGUGGUGUCGCCGAACAGAUACAUGGUAUCCGACCGGAACUGGAAAAGCAAAUCAGCUCUCUAAUCCUGGCGACGGACAUCACCAGGCAGCAUGAAUUUAUCAGCAAAUUCCGCGAAUACCUAACCCGGGAUAGUUUGGAUAUGCGCGACAAAGAGCAUAGACACUUUAUCCUGCAAAUCUCGCUCAAGUGUGCGGACAUCUCGAAUCCCUGCCGGCCAUGGGAUAUUAGUAAAAAGUGGAGCCUGAAGGUUUGCGAGGAGUUCUUCCGCCAAGGAGAUUACGAACGACAGCUCAAUCUACCGGUAACUUCCCUCUGUGAUCGACACUCCACGUCGGUGCCCAAGAUUCAGACCGGCUUCUUUAAAUUUGUCGUUACACCCCUGAUGGACGAAUGGCACCGUUUCCUGAAGACUGACCUAUCCCACAACAUGAUGCAUCAUCUGAAAUACAACCAAAACCAAUGGGAAAGCAAACUGCAGGCAGAGAUUAACGAAGAAACCCGAACCGAAAUAUCCGACGCUGAAUUGCUAGACGACGACAUCGACGAUAACGAUGACCAAGAUGAACCGUUGCACGAUCUGUCCGACAGUUCGGAAAUUCUCAUCCCAAGCGCCUCAAAGUUCGGACGGCGCAGUUCACUGCAAAUCUCCGGAUUCUGUGGAGCCCGCAGCGAGCGACGAUUCUCCGUUCCCGUACAUAGUAUACCGAAGAUAGUGCUUCCAGCACGAGACCACCGAGAAAGCAACCUCCCACCGGAAUCAAUCCAGGAAAGCGACGAACACAAGUUCGACAACGAUUCGCUCUCGAUCUUUUCAUCGGACAGUGACAGUUUGCACCGAGGGGCUCGCGGUUCCUCCACCGGUAGCACAGCUGACCGCGAACGUCCUCUGAGUGCGGAGAAUCUUCUUCCAGACUGCAGCAUUGCGUCCAUGACCGAUGGUAUCUGCGGCGAUCGACUGAAUCUAGUGCUUCACGGAGCCGUUAGCGUAGGAAACACCGCGAAUCUUCUCACCGUUGGAACUUCCAAGCAUCUAAUCAGACAGCAAACCUUCCCACCGUUGCAACCGUACAUCCGCACCCGUUACAUGUCUUCGCAAGCGGAGCUCGGUGCCUGUCCGGAGGCAUUACUCGAAUCCAACUCCAGCAGUAGCUCUUCCAACCCGGAAACGAACAGCGAAUCUCGUGGCAUCCUAGUUACUAAGAAGGAAAGCACCAAGCGGGAAACGGAUUCGUCCGCUACCGCCGAAAAGGCCAAAAUCCCGAAGCUCUCUCUCGGCCAGAAGGAGAAUCUCGACCCGUCAAUGCUGAAACGAAGUCUCAGCCGGCGGAGAGGCUCCGCUCCGGUCACCGUUGCUCUACCACCGAAACCCGUCGAAUCCGAACUGAGCGUAUCGUUCGUCAUUAAGACCUGCGACCUACGGCGAGGUUCCAUGCCUGCCGAGUUCAUCACUUCCAUGCACACCAGAGACCAACCGAACGGUGGCCAGCCGGAAGUGACGGCCACCGUGCCGAACAGCAUUGGUCCGUCGUACAACAUUCAGCGGCGGGGUUCCGUACCGUGUGAUAGCACAAAUAACGUUGUGAUUCGGAACAGCUUUACCGGCAAACGGCGCAGUGCGAAAAAGGCCCUAAGGCGGCGGUCGUCCGGUGGAGCGGAGAUUCUAAGCCCGAUCCUAUCGGAAGACGCCACCAGUUCCGGCAAUGGUGCUAGUAGCAGUUCAACGUCGACGUCGUCGGCCUGGCAGCGAUUCAAGCGACGAUCCGAUGCGGAGAAUCUGCUAUCCCGACGGCGGGGUUCGCUUCCGGUUGAGGUGCUCACCAUUGGAUAUUCGGGAACUUUACGUCACUAAGCAUUGAGGCUGAAGAUGAGGGCAGCCGCUACCGACCGCCACCCUGGAGGAUGGGUUGAAAUAGUUUUUCGGUUUUGCUUGAAACGUGCAUCAUCAUCAUUAUAAAAACCGGCGGAUUUACUGAGCAAAUCUCACCCUUAUGGAAAUGUAGGAUCAGAAAUUGUGGAUUUGAAGAUUUUCUCAUGAAAGUUCACCAUUUUCUGGAGUCGUUUAUUUCAGAUACUUCGGUAAACUAUGGAAAGGCUUUUUAAAUAUCCCAAAAGCGUCACAAUUAAUACAUACUUACAGAUUAUCUGUUAAAUGUGCAACAACAAAUUAUAGUUGGGAUAAUUAAGCUUCCAUUGAUCUUCAGUAAAAAGAGAUCUUUCAUGGAGAAAAUUAAACAGCAUUCGAAAUUCACCUUGUUGAUUAUUUUAGUCGAAUUAUUUAGAGAGUAACACGAAAGACGAAUUACAAAACGUGUGAAAGAGAGCUUAUUUUUCGCGGUUUUUACUCAUUGUACCAAACAUUUAAAUGCAUUGCAGUAACGUGUAACAUUGAUCGGCAAAACAAGUAGGUAUAUCUUUUAGACGACUGAAGCUCAAACUUAAGAAAUUGAUCAAAAUCUUCCGUGGAAACGUUGCUUCAAUGGAGACGCAUUAUCCUUUCUAAAAAAACAUUUUAGUACGGGCAAUGACAAAAAAAAAUCAAAUAUUGUAUGAUUAGUGUAAACCAACGAACAUGCAGUCAGAGGCAAAAGGGUGAGAGCAAGCAAAUUUGAAAAACUUUUUUCAGUUUACGCUCCAACAAAUCGCAACUCGAAAAAAACUACACUUCGGAUCCGGAACAUAAUUCAAGCUAAAUCACAGCGCAUAUAUUGCAUAACACAUAGACAGGCAGAAAAGCAGCAAAAUCGUAAAAAAAUAGAACACAAAAUGAGUGAAUGUAUACACUUUCCCAACCCGUAGCAGAGAGGAACCCGUCGAGAAAAAAAACCAAAAAAAAAGAGAAACAUUUACAUACCGAAUAUAAUGAUACAGGAAGCAUCAAGACACACAAAAA